UUUCACUGUUUGCAUAAUACUUAAAUAAGAUUGUUUAAAAAACCCCCACUGAAUCAUUCAAAUUGUAGUAUUUAUUUAUCAAAAAAAUCGGAAAUUUGAUAAUAAAUUUUAUUUUGACCUUAGAUUAUCAGUAUUAUGUUUUAUUAUCAUUUAAAUUGAAAUAUUUCCGUCGCUGUGUUAUUAUAAAAAGGAUUCCAUUAAUGAUGUUGACAACCUUGUAAUUAGAAAUAAUGUUUGCUUCAGGAAUAAAUGUUUUGAGAAAUUUCCUAAGCUUUGAACCCCAACCAAAUAAAGUAAUUGAAACAAGACCUGAUUUAUUUACAUCUAGGGGAAUCCAUUGCAGAGAAGAUGGUUUGGUGUUAUAUACACCUGCAAUUAAUGAAAAAGACAAAGGGAUAAAAUCACAUUAUGAAAUUGUGCUCCAUAGACCGACUACCGAAACAUUACAUCAGAUUUUCAGUUUAUUCCGAACACCUAACUUAGAAUUGGCAGAAACAAGAUUUUUAAUUUACAAGGACAAAUUACCCCUAUUUAUAGAAGUAGCCAAGGAAAUGUGUAACAUUCACAGUCUACAAAAAAUCUGCGAUGUUCUUCAGGAACAUCCAGGCUGGACUUUAGCCCAUCUAGCUGCAUACUUUGCUCUCUAUGAUUCUUUUAACGACGCAAAAAUAAGCGGUUUUUUAAAUAGUACCGAUGAUGAAACUGGUAUGUCACCAUUGCAGGUUGCCAUCACAACUCAAAACAUCAAAACUAUCCAACUAAUGGUAGCUGCAAACGCUUCUUUAGAACACUUGGACUACGAAUUAAACUCAGUUUUCCACUAUGCUGCCAGUACUACAAAAGAAAUUGUUUCAGCAUUAGCUCAAAGCACACCGUUACGUUGCCUAAACGGUCGUAAUAAAAAGGGAUUCACUCCUUUACACUUAGCAUGUCUAGCAGAUAAACCGGAAUGUGUGAAAGCUUUGCUUUUAGCAGGAGCUGAUGUUAAUAUAACUGCUACUAAAGGUGAAAAUCAAUAUGAGGAUACAGUAGAACCUGGUUAUGUCGCACAUUACGUUCAAAGUAACCCAAAUACUUUUUAUAACAAAGAUAUGAAGAACGGAGGCACACCACUACAUUGGGCUAGUUCUAGACAAGUCAUAGAGGCGUUGAUUGAUGUUAAUUGCCAUAUUGACGCGUUGAAUUUCGAAAAUAAAACAGCUCUACAUAUUAUGGUUGAAAGAAAUCGUUUGGAUUGUGUAGUUGCGUUAUUAAGUAAACAAGCCAACGCUAAUUUGGGCGAUAAAGAUGGUAACAGACCGUUACAUUUAGCUGUUAAAACAAACAAUUUAGCAAUACUUCAAGCUCUCAUUAUAUUCGGAGUUGAAUUAGAUCUACUUAAUAACAAAGGAGAAACAGCGAGACAUUUAAUUACACCAGAAAACGAAGCAAAGAUUUUAUAUUAUUUAUCAGCUGUUGGUGCUAGAAGGUGCGUAAAAGAAAUGGCAGGUUGUACCGAGGGUUGUCAUGCUAAUGGUACUUAUGAAGGUGUUGCUCCACCAAAGGUUAAUGGUGCGACAAACAGGGAUGUAUUGAACGCAAUGUUAUCGGUCGCAGGUAUGGAAGUGGCAACUAAAAAACAUAAAAACAGUUUUCCAAAAAAUGGUAGAUUACUGUGUUUGGAUGGCGGUGGUAUCAGAGGAUUAAUUCUGAUACAAAUGUUAUUAGAACUCGAGAGGGUUUUGGAAAGGCCUAUUAAAAAUUGUUUUGAUUGGAUAGCGGGAACUAGUACUGGAGGUAUUUUAGCGUUAGCGAUCGCUACUGGAAAAACGAUGAAAGAAUGUCUCUGUCUCUAUUUCCUUUUGAAAGAACAAGUUUUUGUUGGCAUUCGACCGUAUUCAAGUGAAUGUCUUGAGAAUAUAUUGAAAGAUACUUUCGGUACUGAUACCGUUAUGUCCAGUAUUAAACACCCCAGAGUUAUGGUAACUGGAGUUUUAGCUGAUAGGAAACCAGUGGAAUUACACCUGUUCAGGAGUUACACCAGUCCUAAUGAUAUUUUAGAAGUAACUCAUGAUUCUCGUUAUGAAUUACCAGAUCCACCAGAUAAACAACUCAUAUGGGAAGUGGGUAGAGCCACUGGGGCGGCUCCUACAUACUUUAGAGCAUUUGGACGGUUCUUAGAUGGUGGACUGAUCUCUAACAAUCCAACUUUGGACGCUCUAUCUGAAAUUCACGAACAUACCUUGGCUUUAAAAGCGAAAAGAAGAGAAAGCGAGGCUUGUCCAGUAAACGUAGUUGUUAGUCUCGGUACCGGUCUGAUUCCGGUAACACAAGUCAAAAGUAUUGAUGUAUAUAAACCAGACAGUAUUUGGAAUAGUGCUAAAUUAAUGAUAGGUAUAUCGUUUCUUGGAUCGUUACUUGUGGAUCAGGCAACUGCAAGUGACGGUCGAGUAGUAGACAGAGCUAGAGCUUGGUGCUCUUCAAUCGGUGUUCCAUAUUUUAGAUUUUCUCCGCAAAUGUCCGAAGAAAUUUGUAUGGAUGAGAAAGGGGAUGAGAAACUAGUCAGAAUGCUUUGGGAGACUAAAGCGUACAUGUAUGAAAAUUUGAGCGUAGUUAGAGAACUGGCUGAUAUUUUAAAUAGAGGUUAAAUUAGUACAAUUAUAUUGCUUAGUAAAAAGUUAUCUCUAUUAACAUAAUAUAUUCCAUGAUGUCUUAUUUUGGUUACAUGUUUCUCUUAAAAAUCUGUUUUUGUCUUCACUGGUAGCUAAAUAUUUCUUUUUGCCUUACCAAUUAGUUAGGUUAGGUUUGAGUCUUAGUCUUCUCUAAAUAUCCUCACCAACUAACACUACAGCUCGGCAUGAGCCUUGGACUUUUUGUAAAUUCGCCUCCAAAUUGAUCUUUUCUUUCCCAUCUUCUAACAUUCAUUAUUUGUAAGUUUUUGUAAAACCGAUCAGUCUAUCUGAUACGCCUCUAAUUCUACUGCGUUAUAUUUUGGCAUUCUUGACUAUAUUAUGACAAUAGUUACCAUUCCUAAACAUUAUUUUUUGUGAUAUUUCUACAAAGUAUCAUAACACAUGUUCCCAUUUUGUUAUUUAAUGUCCUUGAACAGUACACUGCACACAAGAUUUGUAUGUUUAGUAAAUCUUCAAAUCACUGGUAUAUUUUCUACCUUAACAAUUUACAGUAGUCUAAUAUUGUCGUUACUCACCUCCAAUUACAUUAGUACAUUAAUUACAAGUCACUGUCAACAACUCGGUGUAUAUAAUGUUACAGAUACAAUGAUAUACAAUGUUUUCAUAGAGUCAAGGUAGAGGUAGGUAUAGAGUAGAGGUAUUCUUGAGAAAAUUUUAUUAAUUAAAACUAUAAUUUUUAUAAAUUGUCAUAUUUAAGGGGUAAUACAAUAAAAAAUGGCAUAAUUCGACUCAUAAAUGAUUAAUGGCAGUAUUGGACACACCAUGCAAGACACAAUACAAAAUAAGAUCUUGAACGAGUGGAAAAGUUGGAAAACACGCAUUUUUAAAAAUUUAUUUCCCAAAAGCUAUUUACCUCCACAAUUUAAGAUUUAGUAUAUAGAUUCCUUACCUCAUGGAUUAUUUGCCAUAAAAAGAUGAAUAUCCAAUUCGAUGGUCCAUAAUUUCAAUUUUAGCCCCUCAAUUUAAAGAAAUAUGAACAUACAUGUGUAAAAGUGUACAUUGGAGUGAGAGAAAUUGAUCGAGAAUGGUCGAAACAUACAUAUUUGCAUUGGUUUUAAUAAUUGUUAAAUCCUGUUUCAGAAGUUGAUUGACAACUUUUGCUUGUGCUUGAAAAUACCCCUUUCUGAUUUAGGGCAAACAAUAUCAUAUGUAUUUUAUACAUUAUUUUGUGCAGAGUACUGUAUUGGUACUUUUCAUUCCUAGUCAUUGAUGUUACACGAAAUAUAUAGAUUAUAAAUAUAUUAUCAUUGUUAUUAAUUUAUUAUUUAAUAAAUUGUUUUCAUUGUAAA